UGGAAAAGUAGUGAUAUGCUUUGCAUCCGACAGUCUGCGAAAAAUCCCAAUGGAUUCGCUAGCGAACGCAUUUGAUGUCACGUCCGAGCCAGAAACGUGGCUCGCGACACAGGACGAACCGCCACGAUGUCUCACUAGAUACCACACACACACAAACGAACAUGGAGUUGCGAAAGCAGCAACUGAGUGUCAGACCAAGAGGAGAACGCGUAGGCCUUUGCUGACGAAACGCGCGUGGCUCACUAACUUGCCUAGCGACUGUGACCUUUUGCCUGCUAGACAAUAGAAUUCAGUUUCAUGUUAGUAUGGAUCAGAGGAACCACUAAUUCGAGAUCAAUGUGUUUUUCAAUAAAUCAAUGAUGUGAUAAAUGAAGUGAUGAUCUCUUGUGUGAAUACUCUCAUUGAAAUUCAUGAGCUUGUCAGAGUGACGAAAAAAGAGUUAAAUCUAUUUUUAAUGAUCAUUUACUCGCCCGGAUAUAAAGUAGACAAAUCAUGAACUGUUCUGGCAGUGAUAAUCAUCUGUGGAAAAAAGCCGUUCACGAACAAUCAAAUGCUUACCCACUUCUUCAGAGUAUACCCGAAUUGAAAAUCGUGUACACGCAGGAAGUGGGACGGAAUUUCCGAGCUCUUCAAGAACUUCCCGACGUUGCUGAAGAAGAUCAGCCUGCUGACGAGAUCACCCUCCGAAAGUUGCUCCAAACGGGGCAGUUACGAGCAGCAUUUUCACUGACGACGAAAAUUCUCUUAAAUGAUUCACAACAGAUGACAGGGCGGUUGCAUGUUUGGCAGACCAGGCUUAACCUUUACAUUCGCUUUGGAGCAUUCAACGAAGCCAAGCUAGAGUUAGAACAGUUUUCUCUGCUAGAGGAUUUGCCAAUGCAGUUCGGACAGAAUUCGGCUCACGGGGGUGUGCCUUUCACACUGUUACUCACAGUGGCUCACCUUCACUUACUAUGCGGCUCAAAAGAUCGAGCUCAGAGCAAGCUCAGCAAGCUUCUCCAUCAGUGUCAAGAAGCCAUAACGUUUUUCCGUAAUAAAAACGACGACACGUUUGUGCAACUUUGGAAGGAACGUGAACUUAAGGUUAUUGCUAUGCUGACGAACUAUGGUGUAGAGCAAAGCGAUUUUAAAUUCGCUAUUUCCUCUUUGACGGAACUUCGCUCGAAGCAGACUGAUCCAGCCGACCUCGUUCGAACGGAAUCACAGCUCGGAAAAUUGUUCCUGCAGUUCGGCGAUCUCAUUAGGGCAGAACAACAUUUUAAAGAGGCUUCCCGAUUUAGUAAGGAUGAUCUGGAAGAUCGGCUUCAGCUGCUACUUAACAAAGCGUUGCUCGCCAUUGCCAGUGGCGAAUACCAGGCUGCUUAUGACGCGUACGAGGAAGGCUCCCUAUUGCAACCGGACAACAUCACGUUCGUAAAUAAUAAAGCUGUAUGCGCUCUUUAUUUGGGCCGAUCCUUAGAUGGCGUUCAGCUUUUAGAGAAUUCACUGGCAUCAAAUCCUUCAAGUACGAUAAAUGAAUGUACCAUAAGCAAUAUUUGCGCGUUAUAUCGCCUGCAAUCGAGUGUUGGAGAAGCCAAAAAGGAAGCUGUUCGUCAAAUAGUUGCCAGACAUGGGCGAGAAACAUUUAACUGUCAGGUUCUUGAUAGCGAACCAUAGAUCUGGUGAUGUGAAAAGCACGUUUUACCACAGUACAUCAGCCGAUGAUUUUCUAAGCUUUGGUUAGUAGACGGAAAACAUGAACUUAAUAUCACCGCAAAUACAAUGAUGAAUGAAACCUGCACAAAAGAAAAUAUUUUAUGAGAAUAUUUAUAUACGUAUUAUUACGAUUAACUCCUCCGCAUAUAUGUGUGACGGAGUAAUUACGUUUCAGUAUUUAAUCAGGAAUCAUACAGAGCGAAUUCAGCACUCUUGUCAGGCUGCUGUGCUUGUAUAGAAAUCGCUGGUAAAAAAUAAAUGCUAUUGUGGAACACUCA